AUGUCGUCCGCAGCGUUGAAAGCGAUAGACACACGCGAGAUACAGCAUCUUCAUGCUGUCGUGGACAUGGGCAGCAAUGGGAUUCGGUUCUCAAUCUCAGACCUGUCUCCUGUGACGCAGCGGAUCAUGCCAACGGUCUUCCAGGACCGCGCAGGCAUCUCGCUCUAUGAUGCGCAGUUUGGGGCUGAAGGUAGCACCAGACGGCCGAUUCCUGACCAAGUCCGGGACCAGAUCGUUUCGCGGUUACUGCGAUUCAAGGUGACCUGCGAAGACUUUGGAGUGCCAGCAAAGAACAUCCAGGUGCUUGCUACAGAGGCUACCAGGACAGCGCCCAACUCGGCGGACUUUCGGGCUGCUAUCUACCGGGCCACAGGAUGGGAGGUGACCAUGCUGCCCAAGGAGGAAGAAGGGCGAAUCGGAGGACUGGGGAUUGCAUCCAGUCUGUCCCGGGUCGAGGGCCUGGUCAUGGACCUCGGCGGCGGCAGCGUGCAGCUUUCAUGGAUGAUUUUUAACCCAGACAGCGCUGAGAUUCAGUCAUACCCUGCGGGAUCGAUUAGUUUCCCGUACGGGGCUGCUGCGUUGACCAGGAGACUAGAUGAAGCGCAGAAGCUAGGAGAUGAAGCCAUACGGCAGCUAAAGGACGAGAUGUUAGGCUGCUUUCGAGGCGCUGUCGCUGCUCUAGAGCUGCCUGCGAGUCUACAGAGCAGAAUAGGGAAUGAUAGCAAGGAUGGUGGCCUUGAUCUGUAUCUCAGUGGAGGAGGAUUCAGGGGCUGGGGGUAUCUUCUGCUCAGCCAGUCCGCUGUCAGCCCCUAUCCCAUCCCGAUUCUCAACGGGUUCAGUACCGACCGAUCACGGUUCCUCGACACCUCUGCAACUGUCAGUACCCUGUCCUCUGACUCGACUAUCUACGGCGUUUCGGCCCGCAGAGCCACGCAGGUGCCGGCAGUAGCGUUUCUCAUUAACGUCCUAGCAGAAAGCAUCCCGUCAAUACGUACGAUCCACUUCUGCCAGGGAGGUGUGCGUGAGGGUGUGCUGUUCGACAAGCUGGCACCAGAGGUUCGACAGCAACAUCCGUUAGUUGCUGCUACAGCGCCCUUUAGCACCGGCUCUGCCUCAGAAAUUGCUUUGUUGCUGCGGCAGGCCAUCCCCUACGCAAGCGAAAACGAUGCAUCAAACCUGUAUGCGCCUCCGCCAGCAAUUACUACCCCGGGAUUCAUUGAAGCCCUAGCGAACUCGAUGUACAUGCACUCGUCUGUGCCGAGAGCGUCGUAUGCAAGUACAGCCUUACAUUCUACAACAACCGGUAUUCUUGCAUAUGCACACGGCCUCUCUCAUACAGACAGAGCUAUGCUUUGUCUUGCGCUCUUUGAUCGAUGGUCAGGCGACGUCUCCCCUUCGGACGAGCUGUUCCUCCACCGGAUUCGGUCGAUUCUCACCCUGCAGGAGGCCUGGUGGUGCCAGUAUAUCGGUCGAGUGGCCGGUCUGGUAGGCAGUAUGUACCCAGCUGGGGUGAUCAAAGGUGACAAUGCUCGGAUCAGCUUUCAGGCCAGGCUAUCUCAUCGCCAGACCAAGAAGGGGUUAACCAAGCAUAUACUGCAUUUCGUAGCUAAGAUACCGGAUUCGAAGCACCCUUCGUUUGACGGUGAGUCUGUCACGGCCGGGCUGAAGAAGAUCAAGCGGACUGGGAAGAAAGGUGAGCAUCUACGCGGUGAUGAACAUGACGAGGCUGAUCUACUGGAGCCAGAGGAUGAGCACUGGCGACUGAAAGUAGAGACCGAGCUGGACUGCAUAUAG